AUGAGGACUAAUUCUGCUUUGGCUAUUGAGAGAUGUAAGAAGGAAAUGGAGAUUAUGAGGGAGGAAGGAGAAUUUAAGAACUGGGAAGUGUGGAACAAAUGCAAGAAAGAGUUGACUGAAGCUUACAAUCAGGAGGAGUUGUACUGGAAGCAGAAAGCAAGAAUCACUUGGCUGAAGGAAGGGGACAAGAAUUCCAGAUUUUUCCAGGCCAGUGUGAGGGAUAGAAGAUACAUUAACAGUCUGGAUAAUUUGUGCAAAGCAGAUGGGAGUAGAAUCAGGAGGUACAGGAUGCUGCAAGGCCAUGGGGAGACUAGUGAAGGGCACCAGCAGGAAAAGAAAAUGUGGAGGAUUACUUGGGCUUUGCCUAUUCAAUCUAAGAUUAAAUUCUUUAUCUGGAGAUGCUGGCAUGGGUAUUUGGCAGCAAAAAGGCAGUUGGUGAGAAAAGGAAUGGCUUUGGACUCUAAAUGUGAUUUGUGUGGGGAAGAGGAGGAAAGCAUUGAACACAUGUUGUUGUAUUGCCAUAGGGCAGCUUCAUGCUGGAAAUUAAGUGGUUUGUGGUGGGAAGAUCAAAAGGAAAAGAAGCUCAGUUUCAAAGAUUGGUGGCUUAAGAUCAGUAACAUUCAAAAGAAGAAUGCUAGAACAGAUAGACUUAGCCUUGCUGCAUUGGUGCUGUGGAACAUUUGGAUUAGCAGGAAUGAAUGGAGUUUUCAGCAGAAGUGGCAUUCUGAGAUACAAACUGCUACAAGAGCUAAGGAUAAGUGGAAGGAAUAUCAGCAGGCUCAAGAGAUGACCAGAGGCAUAAAACCACUCAAUCAAGGUCCAACAACAUCUCAGUCAGAGAAAUUUUCCAAGGAGGUAGGACAGGUAAGGUUGUCUGUCAGUGCCUCAAGCUCUGAAGGGGGUGGAAUUGAUUGUGAGGGUGUUGCUGUGAAGAAUGAUCUGGAAUUAAUGAAAUGGUCACACACCAGCUCCAGCAUUAAGGAUCAUAGAGUUGGGUUGAUGCAGGGAAUCAGAGUCAUGUUGCAGAAGCUGAGUGAGCUUGGGGAUCAUAAUAUCACCUGCUAUGUGCCAGAUUUGCAGGUAGUGAAAUAUCUGAGAAAGGAGCUGAUGUGCGAGCCUACAAUUAAAAAGAUCUGUGAAGACAUUUGGAGGCUGAGGGAUAUUGGGCCUAAAUAUGUGUUUGUUUUUGUUCCGGGGACCUAG